AUGGCGGUUAAGCUUGACAUGGCCAAAGCCUUUGCUAGAGUGAAGUGGUCUUUCAUUGUUGCCAUCCUUUGUAAAUUUGAAUUCCCUUCUCGGUUCACCCAAUUGGUCUCUACUUGUAUCUCCACUGCCACCUUUCAAUUUAAUGUUAAUGAAAAGGUGGCUGGAUAUGCCAAUUCAAUCAGAGUUCCCAGGCGUGCUCCUGCUAUUUCCCAUCUUCUGUUUGCGGAUGAUAGCUUCCUUUUCUGUAAGGCCUCUAUUCAGUCUUAUAAUAUCAUUAAAGAGGUCCUUGCGGUGUAUGAAAGGGCUACGGGGCAAAAAGUGAACUUCCAAAAAUCCUCUCUAUACUUCUCUCCAAAUAAGAAUAAAGUUUUCUCUAAAGGGGGGAAGGAAAUUCUUCUCAAGUCUGUCAUUCAGGUUAUCCCCACCUAUACCAUGGCCUGCUUUCGCAUCCCCUCAGCCACUUGCCACUCUCUGGAGUCUAUUAUGGCUAAUUUCUGGUCUAAAAAAGAUGGUGGACUUGGAUUUCGUUCCCUAGUUCACUUCAAUCAGGCUCUGCUAGCUAAGCAAGCUUGGCGCAUCUUGAAACAACCAAACUCAAUUGUGUCAAAAAUUUUGUUUGCCAGAUAUUAUCCAAAUUCAUCUUUCCUAAACAGCACGUUAGGUCACUCGCCCUCUUUUGUUUGGCGUAGUAUUUGUUGGGGAAAAGAGUUGUUGCACAAAGGACUUAUUUCUAAGAUUGGUAACGGGCAAAACACCUUCACCACCCGGGAUCAUUGGAUACCGGGCUUCUGUCAGAUUACCCCUCUUUCCUCUGUCCCUGAUAAGGCUGCCUCUUUUAUCACUCCUUCCAUGACUUGGGACAUAUCUUCGUUGAGGAGGUGUUAUCCUUCCCAUGUUGUUGACAUGAUACUCUCUAUUCCUCUUCCUCUCCGCCCUUCUAGUGACGAGUUGAUUUGGGGGCACUCCAACUUAGAAAUUUACACGGUCAAAACAGGAUACCACCUCAACUAUUCUUCAUUGACCCCUCCUGAUAUUCCGACUUCUUCCUCUCCCUCACCUUGGUGGAAAAACUUAUGGCACCUAAAAAUUCCCCCCAAGGUGAAACACUUUACUUUUCGUGCUACCAAUUCCACCCUCCCCACCCUCAAAAACCUAGCCUCUAGGAAAAUCAUUCAGUCUUCGGUUUGUGAUCGGUGUGGAAAUCUAGAAGAAUCGGUGUCACACGCCUUGUUCUACUGUAAGAGCAUUCGAAGAGUCUGGAAAGGUACGCAUUUUUCUCCUUAUAUUUUUUCUUGCUCUACUGAAAUUACUUUUCAUGAUAUUGCACAUAUGGUUUAUGUCUCAUUAUCCAAAGAAGAUGUAGAACUCUUUCUUUGUACUGGUUGGCUUAUCUGGUUUAACAGGAAUAAAGCUCUUAGAGGACAGGCACAUGAUCAGGCCCAUGCCAUUUCGAACUUAGCAAGAAGCUUCUUGGAUGACUACAACCUUCCAACAUCAGCCCACUCUCCUCUUGCCCGUUCAAGCAGGUCCUCAGCUCCUACAUCAUGGUCUCCUCCUGAUCCUAGUCGCCUCAAGCUAAAUCUGGAUGCAGCAAUUCCCAAUGACAGAUCGAAGGCUGGGUUUGGUGAAACAGACUGCAAAGCUAUCACAGAUGCGGUGAACUUCCCCAAAGACGACAUCUCGAUUUUUGGCGAUCUUAUAAGGCAAAUCAAGGAAGCUUUGUCUCAACUCCCUGCUGCCCAAAUAUCUCAUGUUAAUCGUUCCGCUAAUACAUUUGCAGACAGGCUGGCUCAAUGGGCUUCGGGGUUAGAUGAAGCUGCUAUUUGGAUUGGCGAUGACCCUUGCAAUCUUAGUGAUUUUCUUUUUCUCUAG